CAUGAGGGGAGAACCAAGAGGACGACGGAAUCGUGUCAGUGGAGGAACUUCCGGGAAAGGCGGCAGCCUUCCAUGGCCGAAUCCUAUCCAUUGGAAUCUUUUCAGCCCAGUGUUGAUUCCCCUGUGGCCUGCUGAUUAAUAUCAAUUCUCCUUUUCUACAACAGCUUGGAGUAGAGCUACCAUGGUGAAAUACUGUGCAGCGUAUAACUGCAACAAUUCAGACACAAAGUUAAAUAGGAAACAGGGAAUCACCUUUCAUAGGUUUCCCAAGGAUAACACCAGAAAGCAAGAAUGGGCCAAGGCAGUGCACCGAGUUGACCCUGUGAGUGGCAAGCUUUGGAUGCCUUCUGAAUGGGACAUGAUUUGUUCCCAGCACUUCAACCUGGAGUGCUUCAGAGAAAUUAAUGGAAAGAAAUUUCUCAAGGAAGGAAGUUGUCCUUCUAUAUUUUCCUUUCCCGACACUUUUAAGAAAAUAAACACUCCAAAGAAAAGAAGAAAGAACUCCAAAUGCCCUGGAACAUUUGACUACACUCUUGUCCCAGCAGAUGUCAGCAAAAAUGAGAUUUGCAGUCAGCAGAUCACACAAAAUACAAUAGCUAAUGGUUCACAGAUUUCGCUUGAAAGCAUCAAAGAGCAUGAAGUGGAUCUAUAUAGCUUUUCUUCAGAGAUAAGCCCUACUGGAAAGUAUAGAACAGAGUACACCCUCAUGACAGAGCACCAUUACCAUAUUACAGAUAGUCCAAAAACACUGAAAAGGAAACUGGAUGAACUUUUGGCUGAGAAUGAUGAGCUGAGAAGAUUGUGCUGCCUUCAUGCACCUCAGGAGGCCGAUCAGCUGGGCAAUACAUCCUGCUCCAGUACUUGUGGAGGCAGCACCACUCUGGAGUAGACCAGAGGGCAGGAGCAGGGCAGAGAGAGAAUGAGAAGUCCCUCUCUCGCUCUCAAGUUUCUCCCUACAAGAAGCAGCAGAAGCAUCGCCAGGCCACCAUGGGGGAUUUUCGGUGGGGGAAAUUCUGUCGCACAAGAUGGUGGAUUCCAACGUCAAGUCAGAUCAUUGACCAUGUAUUGAAAUGGCGACAAUGGAUGACCAGCCCUUCUUUGUGGCUGCAGGGUUCAGAUGCCUGAUGGAGCUCUUGAACCACUAUUAUAAGCUGCCGGCAUACACCAUCUUUAGUAAGACAGCGGUGCCUUCCUUGUACCGGGUAGCAUGGGAAGAGGUGCUGGAGAGCUGCAAGGAGAAGAGCUGGCAAUUGGGCCCUUCACUUCUGAUGUCUGGAGCAUGGAUACCAGUCCCUUAUGGUCCACUGGUGGGAGUCUCGGGGGACAGGAGCAGCCAGAAGUGAAGCACAUGUUCCUACAGCAGCUGAAAUCCAAGAGGCUAUGGAUCCGCAUGGUGGAUGAAUGAAUGAAGUUCAUUGCAGUGGCUGGCAAGGCAACAGCCCAUCUAUGGUUACUUGGUCACCGGCAGCAGUGCUAACGUGCCAAAUG